UUUUCAAUCUGCAAUUUCUCCCCCUUUGUGAGUUUGCAAUGAGAAGAGCAAAUCUACAUCAUCAUAAUCAGCAAUAAGGAAGGAAUGCAGAUUUUUUUUUCUAUUCACCUUUGCGUUUCAGAUAGAUUCAAUUAAACUGAAAGGAAUAUUCUUGAAUUCUUUGAAUCUGUAAAACAUAAUAAAGCACCCACCCCACCCUGAGAAAAAAAUCGAGGACUGCAGGAAAAAUGCAUUAUUUUCAGGACGGGGAUUGAAUAGGGGGAAGACAACCCCCUCCCCAAAAGGAGAAAUAUCUUGCUAUUCUUUCAUACCUGGAAGCUGUUCUUACCACAUUGAUUGAUUUAUUUAUUUAUUUUUGAUACGCCGUUGGAAGAUGCCUGGUUUGGUGAAGAUGGAGCUUGGAAGGGAAGGAUCCCUUAUUUUUCUGCCUUACCUAUAAAAGGAUAUAUAAUUUCCUGGGGAUUGGGUAUCUUUGGAUUUCCCCCCCUUUUUUUGUUUUAUUUUAUUUAUUUAUUUAUUUUUCAUGUUUAUUUUUUUAAGGAAGUUUCUUUUUUUCUGUUUGGACAUCACGCAAGAUCAUCAAUACAAAAUAUAAAAAUCCUGAAAGCUCCUGGAAAUGUGGAGAUUUCAGGAAGGCAGAUUUGGUUGGAUUUUAUCUGCUUUGGCAACUCUAUCUUUUGCCUGCUGUGCGCAAAGCAACCCCACUGGGAAUAUCUCUGUGGUCAAAAGGACUGUCGACAAAUUGCUUAAAGGAUAUGAUAUUCGUCUCAGACCCGACUUUGGAGGUCCUCCGGUCACAGUCGGAAUGAGCAUAAAUAUUGCCAGCAUUGACCAGAUAUCUGAAGUAAACAUGGACUAUACCAUCACCAUGUAUUUUCAGCAGAGCUGGCGAGAUAAACGACUGGCGUACCAAGACAUACCAUUAAAUCUGACACUCGACAAUCGAGUGGCUGACCACCUCUGGUUACCGGAUACUUAUUUUUUAAAUGACAAGAAGUCAUUUCUUCAUGGUGUGACUGUAAAAAAUCGCAUGAUACGCCUUCAUCCAGAUGGAACAGUUUUGUAUGGUUUAAGAAUAACUACAACAGCAGCAUGCAUGAUGGAUCUACGAAGGUACCCUUUGGACCAGCAGAACUGCACGCUUGAGAUUGAAAGCUACGGAUACACAACAGAUGACAUUGUAUUCUUCUGGCAAGGUGGGGACAAUGCUGUGACUGGAGUCGAAAAGCUGGAAUUACCACAGUUCACCAUUGUUGAAACAAGGCUAGUGACAAGACAAGUGGCAUUCACAACAGGUUCCUAUCCAAGACUGUCUUUAAGUUUCCGGAUAAAGAGGAACAUCGGCUACUUCAUCUUGCAGACUUACAUGCCCUCUAUCCUUAUCACCAUUCUGUCCUGGGUCUCAUUUUGGAUCAACUAUGAUGCUUCAGCAGCUCGGGUGGCAUUGGGUGUUACAACGGUGCUCACCAUGACAACCAUUAACACUCAUCUGAGAGAAACACUUCCGAAGAUCCCGUAUGUAAAAGCCAUUGAUGUCUACCUCAUGGGUUGCUUUGUUUUUGUAUUCCUUGCUCUUCUCGAGUAUGCUUUUGUCAAUUAUGUUUUUUUUGGCCGUGGACCUCAGCAGCAGAAAAAAUUGAGUGAGAAAAUCAGCAAAGCUAACAAUGAACGACAGCGCUAUGGUGAAAAGAGGAUGAGAGGACAGGUUGACCCUUAUGGCAACAUCCUUCUAACGACCUUGGAGAUGAACAAUGAGGUCAUGCCCUCUGAUGUCACUAGCAGUGUUAGUGACUCCCGCAACUCUGUAAUGUCCUUUGACAGCUCAGGAAUCCAAUUCAGGAAACAGCUGACAUCUCGGGAUGGCCUAGGACACCCGACACUGGAACGUAGUGCUGCCCGCAGCCGUGCCAACUGCCGUUUACGCAGGCGGUCUUCCAAGCUGAAAUUGAAGAUUCCAGACCUGACAGAUGUCAGUACCAUCGAUAAAUGGUCACGGAUCAUCUUUCCCAUUACCUUUGGAUUUUUCAACUUAAUCUAUUGGUUAUACUAUGUUAACUGACACCAUAGGCCUUUCCUUCAGAAACACGGAGGUGGCUUUUAGUUUUGUUCUGUUUUUUGGCAGCACAAAACUCAAGUGAGACGGAACUGCGAAUGUGUAUAAAACUAAUUGUAAAGAACUUCAACAAUGUAAAAAAAAAAAAAAAAAAUUGCAAAGGAUAAUUUGAAUGUCCAGCGUAAAUAUUCAUAGGAACCUAAUGCAUUUUUACAGCUUUUAUUGCUCUCUUUCUCUCCCUCUCUCUUUUCUCCGGAUGAAUCCGGAUUUGGCUUUGGUCUCGCAAUGCAUGGUUUGGGUUCCAUUUAUUUAUUUUACCUUUCCAUAUUUCUUGGGGGGUGGGGGAAUGUAGGGCAAGAGCCAUGACCUACAAUGAUGCCUCAUGCGAUCUUUAAUAUCUCUUUUCUCAUGUCCUCUUAUCUUGCCACUGUACUGAUGUGUCCGACUCACUGCUACAAUAUGUUCAAAUUCAUGUACGCCAGCUGCAGCAAGCAAAUCUUACCAGAGUUAAUGCCAGAAAGGACACACAAGAAGAACAAGACCACAUUUUCACAUCUGUGCUCUCAGUAGAAGAGCAGGGCAUUUUCCUUUUCUUCUUCAGUGUAACAUAUCGUGCAAAUCCAGAGAAAUUCAAUAACUAAAGGAUUGGUCAUUUCCAUUUCUUGGGAAAAAAAUCAAAAUCCUUAAAUCCUAUUGUGGCAACAGUCCUGACAAAUUGAAAACAGUUAUUGAGUUUAUAGGUCACUAUGAGCAAUGGGAGUCUUUCAGCUGUUAUCUGGACAACUCUUUAACUUGGAAGCAGUGGGUAUGCACUCACCCAAUGUAUCAUUGCACCAUCAGUUUUACAUUUCUUUUGGACAUGCCUGAAUGAGAAUUUCUAAGAGUUUGGCACCUGCCACCUUCACUCUGCCUUCACAUGGAUUAAAGGAAGAUAAUUAGGCAUUCAUAUUUAUGAAGGCUUCAUUACCUAAGUUAUUAGAGUUGUUCCCAUUGACUUGAAUUGGUUUGUAAAGCACGAGCUUUUAGCAUGAAUGAUUGGGAGCCUAACUCAUAUGUUGGAAAGGACAGUAUUCAUUGUAAUAUGCAUUAAUGAAUAUAAACUGUUCAGAAUGUGCCCAAAGUUUGUUACUAACCAAAAUGAAGAUGCUUGGUUGCUUAUCUAUGACCAUGAAAAAUUUCUUUUGGGGUUCGUUUCUUUUUAAUCCUAGCUAUUUACAUAUGUAAGUCCACUUUUGUGCAUCACUGUGUAUUAAUAGUCAUGAGUUAAUAAAAUUGCCCCAAGACAAAAAAAAGAAACAAAUCAACAAACAAAGCAGAAAACACAAGUGAAUUUUUUUAACAAUGGGGCACACAUUCUUUAUUACAAACCCUAAAAGCCCUUUAUAGUGCAGACAAGGUAGUUAAGGUAACUUACUUUCUAGUCAUCAUGGUUGUUUAACAAUGUCAUAGUAUAGUGUUUAAGUCUGGAGUGUCUACAUGCUGGCUUAGCAACAAUACCGAGUAGCUAUUCAUAUGAUACAAUCAGUAUUUGCAGGAUAUUUUUAAUCUGUAUCUCUCAGGUUUACCUGUUUUAAGAAGCUACAGUACCACUCCUGUUUUGUAAUACUUGUGAUCAGAAAUAAUCUUAACUACACAGUUAUGCACAUGAGCAUAUCAUUGCUAAUGCUACAUGGACGGCUUCACUGGCGGAUACUCACUGUAUGCACAUACAUAUAUUGCACUCUGUUGCCUUAGCUCUAAAGUCCACACCAAGGCUGGAGAAUGACAUUUAUACAUUAAUAGUGAAGGAGACCAGGUCCCUGCAAAACCAUCCAGGUGAUUGUGUUUGUAAGGUGCUCUAAGGAGGAUUCAUGACUGUGUUGUUCAACAAUUAACUGUGAUUUUUCUUCUGAUAUUCAUUUUAUCAUGAUCCAUUAUCAUCCUAUUACAGGGAUGUGCUUCUGUUUAUGACAGACUAGAUACUGAAGUCUAUUCAGCCAAUUCAGUGUAUCAGUCUUGAUCAAAUGGAAUUCAAGAAGAUAAUCAGUGCUGAAAAAAUGUAUGCCAGCUCAAAUAUAAGUUUAUCAAACAGUGACACAUAAAUUGCUGAAACAUUUAAAUCUUCCCUGACUGCCAUUCCCACACCCUCUUAAUCACCUGUAAGACUACACAAGAGUAAACAAAUUUAAAAAGAAAAAAAAAAAACAUGACACUAUAAUGCAUUUUGAUUUUUUUUUCACUUGGUGCCUGAACAUUAGACAUUUUUUUUCAUGCAGGAGAUCAUCUUGAACUUUAUUCCAUCUAUCGAUAGGAGUAUUUUUCAGAAUACCAUGGAAAUUAAAGUAAAGAAGCGAUCUGUAGUUAAUUAGAUAAACUUGCUUUGUCUUAAUCUUAGGUGGACUGUACACAGCUAUUGUUUUUCAGUCAGACUAAACUUACUUUAAUGAAGAAGGUUCAGUUUUUGAAAUUAUUCAUUUUUUUUCAGAAUCAAUUAUUUGCACAUUCUAUUAAAUAUACCACCUCACUUUAUGAGAGAAAAAAAGAGCUUGCAAAUAUCCAUAAGAUCAAGAUAUAUAAUAUUUGACUUUACAGACUGGUUUUUGGAUAUACUGCUGGUCUUAAAGAAGAUAUUUGCUGUCACUAUAAACCUGUCCUUGUCACAGGCGUGCAGUUGAAAAUAAUAGCAAAUAGUCAUCUGUAUCUGCAUACCAAUAUGGAUACAUUAACAGCAGCUAAAACUCAACUGGUCAUUUCUGCAGUGCACCUAUUAGAUGAGUUGCCAUUCCUAGUUUUGAAGAAAAAUGUAGUUUCCUAUAUCUUGCAAGAAUUACUGUGUCACAUGUAUUCUUAAACUGUAUAAAUACUUUGUGCCAACACUGUCCUCAGGGAGGUAACCCCAUGUUGCAAGACAAAUAGAGUGGGGAAAAGUCUUUGCACUGUCCUCUCUUGUACAUCAUCAUAUUAUCUCUUUAGGUCUUUUUUCAGAAGGAUUCUAUCUUUUUGGUCCAUUGUCCAGUUAUAUCACUAUGGCUAAACUGCAUGAGAAAGAUGCACAGUUUCUCUGACAAAGUGAUUCAUUGCUACAAAUGCUUCAUUGAAAAUAACUCACAUUAUCAUCUGUAGCACACCUGAAGCAUUUAUUAAACAUUAAUGUCCCACUGAAAACAUGCCUGUUCUUCUGUGUUUUUAUCCGAAAAUUUAACAUGUUCCUCUUAAUGGCUUAACUACAAAGAGUAAAAUUACUGAAUUUCCAUCCUUUGGAGUGUGGAUCUAAAACACAUUUAUUCUCCCUCACUUUGUUUAGCGGUACAGUUUUUCCACAUUUAAGGCUUCCUCCUAUGGAAUGCCUCCAUCCUGUCUAUGUAUUAGUGGUGAUUACUUCUCCUAGUACUUGACACAGAAUAAUCCAUGUUUUCUUUUUAAGCUGUGAAUAGCGAGAUAAUGUUUUACUGUAUCUACUAUGCAUCCACAAUUCUUAAACUUUCUAAAUUGCCUUCUCUGAUUGCUAGCAUGUUGCUGGGUUAUUUGACAUCAGCAUACCUAUGUACCUUUUCAUUUAUGAUAUUUUCGUCACUCGCUCUGUCACAGCACUCAUCUCUUCUUAAUUGGGGAUUCACAAAUAUGUGACCCUUCACGUAUUUGCACUAUGUUUGAAAUGCUCUCCUUGUUAUUAUAAACUCAAAUUCUUUAUAAUUCCUAUAACUUCAUGAUGUAUUGUGCAUCAGCAGUAAUAUAUUGCUGUAUUAUUUGCAAGCAGUAUAUAAUUUUCCUUCCAAGCAUUCUGUAGUAUCAUUUCUAAAGAUAUAGACACAUACUACCAAUCCCUUGUGGAGUUAUUUACUUUGGCUUUCUGCAGUCUGCAUUUUGUUUCUUUUUUGUAUUUCCAGCUGCGUUGUUUUCCUGUAUUUCCUACAUUUUACUAUUAUCUAAUUAGGCGAAAUAACUGCUUUCCUUAUAUAUACUCACCUGUGGACCUCCCAAAGCACUAGCAGUUCAUUUACCACUGAUUAGCUUGUAUAGCUCUGCUACACAAUACAUUCUACUCAUUUCUGGAGGCUUUGUUUCCCAUGCCAUCUCAUUUGUAUGUACUAACUCAGCUGUUGCUCAACUAUGAGUAAACAGAAACAACCUAAAAAGACAUAACAGUUGCCUCACAAAUAAUCUCCCUGAUAGCUGAAAGGCAGGCAUCAUUUCCACCUCUUUCCUUCUGAGAUGUGAAAAUAAACUCCCAUUGAACUAUGCCAGUAGCACUAUGCAGCCAUGCUGUGGUUUCACCAUUUGCUCUACUGACAGCCGCCCUUUCUUAUUUGUAUAUCAAGAGGUACAAUUUCCUGUCUUUCUCUGUUUUGGAUCCUUUAUGCUCCUUCUGCUGCUCUUCUUCUUCUGGCUACCCUUAUUCAAUAUUUCCCCCCUAACAGCUAUGUGGUUUACAGUUUUAUUUUGAUUAUCACACUUAGUUAAGACAAUUACUGUUCCGUGGUCAUUUUAAUUUUUCACAGUUGUAUGUCCCUUUUCUCCCCAUUAUCUUUAUGCACAUGGACAACUAUCCUCUUUUCAAGGACCCAUGUCUUAGUAUGGUGUUACUCUGUACGUAUGGCUACUUUGAUGUAAAUGAUUAGGUGAUGUCAUUUAAUUCUGUGAUACCUCCUUUAAUAUAAUGCAGUACUGCCCUUAAAACUAUUGUGUUUUCAAUGGGUUCUUAUACUGUCUGAAGUUUAUCCUAUAAAAUUAUUGGCAAUGGCCUCAUUCACAUCUUAAAAGUGAUCACAGUAAAAGUAUUCUAGUUACAAUCUAUUGUUUUCAACUCCACUAUUAAUGUUUUCAUUUUCUCAUGUUUCUAAUGAUUAUUUUCACAAAAGCAUUCCUCUUUCUCCUUUUUAUGGAUGGAGAAGGCUAAGAAACUUGUCUUUAGACCAGGGCACCAUGUUUUAUCUUCAGUGUGCGGCAUGGUACACUUGCUUGACACUUCCACUUUAUAGUUGUUUGCAUUUAACCAUCUUCUUACAUACUUAUAUAUCAACUCAUCCUAUUCUCUUUCAUCUCUGUCUCUACGUUUGGUCAUGUGUGCUAGUGUGCAAAAUUCUUAAUCAUGCUUUUCUACUACUAGGAUAGAGUGAUGACUACUCUAUCUAGGCUUUACUCUUCUAUUACAAGUUUAGGAAAGUUAUUGUCUAAGUUAUGGGGCAUUGAUAAUCACUCAGUUAUAAACAUGCCAAUUGCCAGUAAAAGACAACCAGCAGGUUACCUAGAUUCUUUACUUUCUUAUACCAUUAAUGCUAUAGUGUGUUUGCAGAGUAGCCAUAGGAUAGUAUUUAUACACACUAUGGGAGAUUAACCCAGGACAUGGGAGAAAUUAUGCUGCUGUUUAUCUGGGUGGGCAAUGUUUUGCUUGUCUACUACAUGUUGGAUGAAGUGGCAAAGAGCAGCAUUGAAUAACCAAAGUAGUAUUUGACUGAGAAAAUGGUGCCUCAACCAAUUAUCUUUGGAUAUCUCAUAUGUGGAUCAGGAGGAAUGAAUAUUGUUAACUGAGGACAUACCUAUUCAUUGAAACUAAUAAGUCAGCUCAAGACAGCUGAGGAGAAUGAGCCAAAGCAUGGGACAUAACCAAUGUUUUAAAUGAAUCAGGCUGGAAGAAGGCUGAGAUUGGCAAGUCAAUCGCAGAUACAUAUUAAGUAGAUGUGUCCACCAUGCCAUGCAAAAGGGGAAGCAGGACAGCUUAGUAAGGGAAAAAAAGAGAAAGCACAUGAUGACUAUGAAGAGACAAAAGAAACAAUGUGGUGAGUGACACUUGUGACAGACAAUACUAUAAAACACGGAAAUUAUUCAGAGAGGUGGAGCUCAGGGUUUAAAAUCAGCCAAAUGAAUAAAUCUGGAGAGUGACGUCAUUACAAGUCAGUGCAAGAUGUUCUCCCACAGAUAUUUUAUCAUUCUAGAUAUCAUAUUUAUUUCAUUACAUUUUAAGAAUUUGCAUCGGUUUAUAGUGAUGUAUGUAGGACAAAAAGCAGUUUAUAACAUAUGAUUUAUGACUAUGGCAUUGUUAGGUUUUUGAACACAUUACAAGUAGCACAUUUUUUGCAACUAUAAUACAGUUUUACAUUAAUAAGAUAAGCCAUCUCCUGUGACUUGAAAUGUUACACUGCAGAUGUGAAUAUGCAUAGCAUGGUAAACCAAUUUAAAAUGUGAUGUAUGAGCUAAUAACACUUUUAUCUCUUAUCCAUUAACUGAUUGAGCAGAUGGUAUUGGAAGAUUAAGUUACAACUAUGGGACAUGAAUGGAGCAGUGAUACGUCUUCAGCUACUUUGUAACUAGAAAUGGACAGCUGGACCUUUUUCAGUCCUGAAAUGAAUUCAUAAUGUGGAUGUCCUGAACAUCUGAAUGCCUUUUAGUCAAAAGCUAACAAUGAGAGGAAAAAUAUACAUUUGUGCUUUUUGUGUUUGUGGAAUAACCAGAAGGAUAAACAGGGACCCCAGUUUGUACAACUAUAUUAUACAGCAGUACAGAAAUGGUAUAUCAAACACCUAAUAUGAGAGUUCAUUACUGUAUAUUGACAAUGAACUACACUAAACACAAUACAUAAUAACUGCACAAAACUAGUUGAAUAUAUACAUAUAACAUUGAAAGCACAUACUUUGAGUAAAAUUAGCCUCGCUUAAUUGUGAACAGCAUAGACUAGUACAAAGCAAUCUUUCCAGGGGAUCAACUCCCUGUGCACCCCUGCACCUAGAUAGAACCCAUUAUUUUAUUAAUCACAUUUUGAGAUUGCACCAACUUAGAGAGUUAUAGACAUAUUAUAUUGCUUUAACUUUGAGAUACUACAGAUUUGUAGUAUACUUCUGAACACCACAUUUGAACCUCCACACAUCACUACAACAUUUGGAAAUCUAACAAAUUUAGACAAACAAUGUCUCGUGUAAGUAUGCAUGAGUGAUAUAAGUAAAAUGAGCAAAUAUAUUUUAAUCAUAAAAAGAGAAUGAAUAAUAUGAUGAAAGGCUGAAGUAACAUUCUUAGAUGAAAAGCAUGUAGUAAAUAAAAAUAAAGAGGACAAAUGAAAAACUGAGGCAAGAGGAAAGGGGUCAGUUGAUUGAUAAAAGAAAGGAACCAGGCCCUUCUAGAAUAUAAGAAUUGAUGUCUAAGAAAGAUGACUUUGUAACCCUUCACAAAGAAAAAAACAUCUGUAAUGAUUUAAUAGAGUAGGAGUUGGUAGGGGGUUACGGCUUUUGCUUAGGUAAUAUAUUUAAAAAAAUAUGCCAUGUAUGAAUUAUGACAUUGGAAAGUGCAGAGAGGGCAUGAUAUGUGGCUGUUCUACUGGGACCAGCUGCCUGACAUUAAACCUUUGAGUUUUCACCUGUGUCCUGAGGGGACACUACUUGAAAAACAACAACUCUGCGUGUAUGCUGUCCUUGCUCACUUGACAACCUGCUCAGAACUUUGUUUAUGGCUCCAGCUGUAUGUUGAAGCAUGUACUGUAGGAGGCGUCUGGCCUUUCCACCAUGUAAGGCCUGCAGUAUCUGUACUAGCAUACAGGUACAGAACCACUUACACUGUGACAGCUCAUUCACUUUAACUUAUAUAGUUAACACUGUCUUUCAACACCAUUAUAACACUUAAAGUCAACAGUUCUGCCAGUCUACUUCAUGUUUUGCAAUCAGACAUAGGGCUUCAAUAAUCCUCAUCUGCAUACAUGGCUUAAGGAAUCCAAGAAACCUAUUUCUAGAACUGGACAUGAAGUUAAUGUCUGGUAUAGGAUGCUAUACUUGCAGUAACUCCUUUUGGAAUCCCACUCUAAAUAUAUGGAAUUGGAAUCUGUCUAUUCAUAUUUGAAGACGAGGGGGUGUGAUGUAAGCCGAGAGGCUCACACAGGUAGCAUAAAAUGGUGUAAUAAAAGGAAUGGAGAAGGAAGAUAAGGCACUUUCAUUUAAACGGACUCCAUGUUUUCUGAUAUUGAUCAUUUUUCAGUGGUAGUAUAUUAGUAAGGGUUUUAUGAGCCAUAAAUUGUUACUAAGGGUUUUACAGUUAUAUAACACAGCUGACUUCUAGGGCACUAUUAAAAGGAAGUUGCUCUAAUGAAAUAUGCAAGAUUUGGGAGAAGAAAAUAAUAACAGAUUUCCUUUGAUAGUUUUGGAUAGCAAUAUCCAUUAACAGAAAUGUUAUGCAGUAAAGGUAGGCAGUAAAAAAAAGGUAGAAUGAAGACGUGAAAUGCUAUGAAAUGAUUUUAUGAUAAGUAAUAUAAUGCUUAAGAUAGGGGAAAUGAAAAAAUGAGUCAAGGAACAGGAGAGGAAAGGCAGAAAAAAUGUUAAGGUUGGGUGUGUGAAUUGUGGGGACAUUUGAAGAUAAAGACCACAAAGAUGAAUGUUUUAAAAAUGUGCAACCAAAAGAAGGGCAAGUGUUCCAUGAUGACUUAACAGAAAAUGUUGCAGUUACUAAAGAGCUGCUGCAGGCAGUUAAUAAAGGCACAGGAAGGAAAUUAUGUAGCUCAAGGAAAUGGAAGUGGAUCCAGUGUGCACUGCCAUGAAGUAAAGGGAAGACUGUGUUUGGAAGGGUUCUGUAUUAUAUAAGCUUAUAAUUAAGUUACCUGUUAACUAUGAUGGUCCUUAUAAAAGGUAGCAGUGGCCAGGAAAUGAUUUAAUUCCAUCUCAGUUUGAUAUUAAAGUGCCAUAGACUGUGGUUGGAAGGGUUCUCUAUUAUAUAAGCUUAUAAUUAAGUUACCUGUUAACUAUGAUGGUCCUUAUAAAAGGUAGCAGUGGCCAGGAAAUGAUUUAAUUCCAUCUCAGUUUGAUAUUAAAGUGCCAUAGACUGUGGUUGGAAGGGUUCUGUAUUAUAUAAGCUUAUAAUUAAGUUACCUGUUAACUAUGAUGGCCCUUAUAAAAGGUAGCAGUGGCCAGGAAAUGAUUUAAUCCCAUCUCAGUUUGAUAUUAAAGUGCCAUAGACUGUGGUUGGAAGGGUUCUGUAUUAUAUAAGCUUAUAAUUAAGUUACCUGUUAGCUAUGAUGGUCCUUAUAAAAGGUAGCAGUGGCCAGGAAAUGAUUUAAUCCCAUCUCAGUUUGAUAUUAAAGUGCCAUAGACUGUGGUUGGAAGGAUUCUGUAUUAUAUAGCUUAUAAUUAAGUUACCUGUUAACUAUGAUGGCCCUUAUAAAAGGUAGCCGUGGCCAGGAAAUGAUUUAAUUCCAUCUCAGUUUGAUAUUAAAGUGCCGUAGACUGUGGUUGGAAGGGUUCUGUAUUAUAUAAGCUUAUAAUUAAGUUACCUGUUAACUAUGAUGGUCCUUAUAAAAGGUAGCCGUGGCCAGGAAAUGAUGUAAUUCCAUCUCAGUUUGAUAUUAAAGUGCCAUAGACUGUGGUUGGAAGGGUUCUGUAUUAUAUAGCUUAUAAUUAAGUUACCUGUUAACUAUGAUGGUCCUUAUAAAAGGUAGCCGUGGCCAGGAAAUGAUUUAAUUCCAUCUCAGUUUGAUAUUAAAGUGCCGUAGACUGUGGUUGGAAGGGUUCUGUAUUAUAUAGCUUAUAAUUAAGUUACCUGUUAACUAUGAUGGUCCUUAUAAAAGGUAGCCGUGGCCAGGAAAUGAUGUAAUUCCAUCUCAGUUUGAUAUUAAAGUGCCAUAGACUGUGGUUGGAAGGGUUCUGUAUUAUAUAAGCUUAUAAUUAAGUUACCUGUUAGCUAUGAUGGUCCUUAUAAAAGGUAGCAGUGGCCAGGAAAUGAUGUAAUUCCAUCUCAGUUUGAUAUUAAAGUGCCAUAGACUGUGUUUGGAAGGGUUCUGUAUUAUAUAAGCUUAUAAUUAAGUUACCUGUUAGCUAUGAUGGCCCUUAUAAAAGGUAGCAGUGGCCAGGAAAUGAUGUAAUCCCAUCUCAGUUUGAUAUUAAAGUGCCGUAGAGCAGUUUGGGAUGUACCUUUUGCACCAACACAGGUGAUAUCAAAAGAGUCGUGAUGCUGCUUCCACCAUAUCAGUAGAAAAGCAAAACUGGCGUUUAUUUUAAUAAAUUCUUCAUAAAACAUUAUUUCUGGUUAUACCAUUAACGGAUACCCCCUGACACAUUCAACCUGUGGGUAUAGCCCUGCACUCUUCCGUGCUGUGACAUCACCUAGGGAGAAUGCUAGCUUUGUAAGCAUGUCCUUAACAAAGUUUAUCUAUCCUUUUAUUAAGGAUUGCCCAUAAAAUAAUUGGAGUAAUACAGGGGGAAAAGCAUCAUAACACUAUAACUAUCAAAUGCACAAUGCACGUUUGAAUUCUUUGGGAACACUUUAUAGAAAGUAUAAUGGGUGAUAUGGCCAAAUGUUUCCUCUCUUGUUUAGUGCUGUUAUGGACAGUAAUGUAAUACUAGACCUGCCACACGCUAUAAUGGCAUGUCGUGAUGAGAAGGAAAUUAAGGAAAAUUUGUAGAAAGUGAGACUGUUUCUUACUUAGCAUGGAAUAUAACAGUUCAAGAAAAAAUGAAUUAAGAGAUGAAAGAAAUAAUUCAAGAAUAUCUAAGUAUGAGGAUUAAAAGGAAAACAAUCAUGUACAUAUGUAUAUUAUUAAUUAAAUUCUUCAUUUAGAAAGAGAGAUGAAGUUAAAUUGUUAGAUAGGGGUGGGGAACCCUGUAUUAUGCAUUCGAUCAGGUAAGAGUGAAAUUUGCUUUUAGGGUUUUAAAAAAUAUAUAUUGCAUUAUCUAGGGUUUUACAUAUUUUGUGCUGUGCUCUUGUUUCUUAUGCAAUGCAGGGUAUUUUUUUUCUCCAUUGUCAACAUCUAUGUUCUCCCAUCCAUGGAUUUUUUUUUUUUAAUUUCUCUCUCUGAAGCUGUUUGAUAAAUGAGUUGGCAUUUGCAUUCAUUACAUAUGCUGCAAAGCCUCUGUUUUGUGCCAGCACCAAAUAACCAGUGUCCAUUCCAUAAAUGCCUUUCCAUAAGGUUGUGUGUUACAUGUAGUAUGCUCUAUAAUGUUGCAGUUUCCCUAAGACGAUGUCAUUAUACUGCUAUUUUACCUGAACUGUGUUACAAACGUAUUCCUAGCAGCAUUCUGAAAGACAUUUGAAUUUCUUUCCUUACAUUCAUGCUUCACACCUCUCAACUGUACAGAUUUUUUCAGAAUGUCCAGAUUUUUGCCUGAUAUUUUUGGUUUGUUUCUCAUAAA